AUGACCAAUAUUGCAAGAAAUCUCUUAAUUAAAGAUAAAAUUCCAACUAUUGUUAAUGCGAAAAAACCUAAAAAAUUAUUUGAAAUAUUAAAUGUUUAUCCUGAUUAUGGGAGUAUCGCAUAUUUAAUUUCCAAGGCACCUAAUCAUUGGAUCGAUAAAGGGAUCACCGAAUGUUAUUAUGAGGUCACGAAUGUUAAAUUGAAAAUGAAGGAUAUAACACAUGGAAAAGCCUUUGGUAUUAAGGUUUGGAAAGGUAAAAUUCUAAACGAAGGUAAACCAGAACGAAUUCGAGUGAUUGAAAAACAAAAAUUUUUUCAAGCUACUGAUGAACCUCUUUGGCUUCGUGGAGGUCCAGCAAGAAAGCCAUUCCUAUUUAUAUACUUUACUACUAUUGGCUUAGGAUUCUUAGGUGCAUUGUAUGGAACUAGUAGAUUGAUUCAGCUUUCUAAAGAAAAAGAUAGUUUAUUAAAUAUUUUACUUUAUUCACAAUACGUAUUAGAAUAUUUUAGAAUGGAGACCAAUCCAGCUUUGCCUCCUCCUAACGACUUAUCAGCAACAUGGGCUUUUCUAGAAAGUGGUAUCAACCACAUUAUGAACAGAUUAGAAGAGGGGCUUAGUUAUAAAAGAUAUAUGGAUCUUUAUACUGGAAUAUAUAAUUAUUGUACGAGCAGCCGCAUGAAUCCUGGUUUUACUUCUGAACCUCUCGCUGGACCUGGUUCUAAUUUGAAUAAUAACCGAGGAGCCAAUCUUAUGGGAAGCGAUUUAUAUCAGAAUCUUCAAAGAUAUCUCGAAAGGCAUCUUCAUGAAAUUCGUGGGAAUUCUGCUCAAUACAUGGAUGAAAAUUUAUUGCGGUAUUACACAAGGAACUGGGAAAAAUAUACUACAGCAUCAUCAUAUGUACAUCAUGUAUUUAGAUAUCUUAAUCGUCAUUGGGUGAAAAGGGAAAUUGAUGAAGGUCGUAAGACUGUCUAUGACGUUUACACUCUCACGCUUGUCAGUUGGCGAGAUCACAUGUUUAUGCACGUAGAGCGUAAUGUCAUGACUGCAGUGUUGAAGCUCAUCGAGCGACAAAGGAAUGGUGAAUCCGUUGAAACCAGUUUGGUCAAGAGCGUUGUCGAAUCUUUUGUUGCUCUUGGUCUUGACGAUGCUGAUUCAACCAAAUCUACACUUGAUGUAUAUAAGGAACAUUUUCAAAAACCAUUUGUGGAUUCAUCCGAAGUAUAUUAUAAAGCUGAAUCGGAAAAAUUUGUUACUGAGAAUAGUGUUACAGAAUAUAUGAAGAAGGCUGAAACCCGAUUAGCGGAAGAAGAAAAUCGCGUUCAAAUGUAUUUGCAUCAGAGUACUCAUAAGCCUCUUAUUACGACAUGUGAGAAUGUACUUGUAAAGAACCAUACUGAAAUUAUGUGGGAUGAAUUUCAAAAUCUAUUAAACGCUGAUAAAAUGGAAGAUUUACAUCGAAUGUACUCCCUUUUAUCACGAAUCCCGGAAGGACUGGAUCCCCUCCGCACGCGUUUCGAGAGACAUGUCCGAAUAGCAGGUUUAAAUGCAAUUGAAAAGGUCGCAGAUCAGGGUAGUGAAAAUAUGGAACCAAAAACCUACGUUGACGCUUUGUUAGAAGUUCACAAAAAAUACAAUGACAUGGUUACUACCGCAUUCAGAGGGGAGGCCGGUUUUGCAUGUCGAGAAUUUGUCAAUAGAAAUAAAGUUUGUAAGUCCUCGACAUCUAAGUCUCCCGAGUUGUUAGCGCGAUUCUGUGAUUCUUUACUUCGAAAAAGUUCAAAGAAUCCAGAAGAAGGGGACCUUGAAGAUAUGACCGUAUUCAAAUAUGUUGAAGAUAAAGAUGUUUUCCAAAAAUUUUAUUCUAAAAUGUUGGCAAAACGUCUUGUCAAUGGCACAUCGGCAUCAGAAGAUGCUGAAUCAAGCAUGAUUUCUAAACUAAAGGAAGCUUGUGGUUUUGAGUAUACCUCAAAAUUGCAACGUAUGUUUACAGAUAUGGGUCUAAGUAAAGAUCUUAACGAUCAAUUUAAAGAACGAAGUUCAGUAGAAUCAAACGAACAAGUCGACUUUACUGUUCUUGUUCUUGGAACGGCAUCUUGGCCGCUUCAACCUUCUACCACAAACUUUACUAUACCAGAAGAGGUUGAAAGAACAUUUCAAAGAUUCAAAAUGUUUUACCAAAAUAAACAUUCUGGUCGUAAAUUAAAUUGGCUAUUCCACUUAUCAAAAGGAGAAUUAAAGGCAAAUUAUUGUAAAGCAUCAAAGACAGGUUAUACUUUUCAGGUUUCUACCUAUCAGAUGGGUAUUCUUUUGCAAUACAAUAAAGAUACUUCAUACACAUUCGAAGAAUUAAAAACGAGCACGGAUUUGAGUUCUGAUGUCUUAACGGGUUCAUUGAGUACUUUAGUUAAGGCCAAAGUUCUUAACAUCACUAAAGGUAGUGCAGUCGGUGAACCGAGUUCACGUUACGAUUUAAAUAUGGAUUUCAAGAGCAAGAAGGUUCGUAUUCAAUUGAAUGUUCCUGUUAAAUCUGAACAAAAAGUUGAAGUGGAAGAAACCCAUAAGACGGUUGAGGAGGACAGGAAAUUGUUGAUGCAGGCUGCUAUUGUUCGUAUUAUGAAGACUCGUAAAACAUUGAAGCAUGUCGUUUUAGUACAAGAAGUAAUUGCUCAAUUGUCAAAUCGCUUUAAACCCAAAAUUCCUGAUAUCAAAAAGUGUAUUGAUGUAUUGUUAGAAAAAGAGUAUAUUGAACGUGUAGAUGCCGUAACUAUUUCGGCAAAGCAAAAUGAAUUCCGUAAUUUCAUAAUUGCCGUAAUGGCCGUAAUUUAUUUAUAUGCCGUUAAAAAAUGGAAACGAGAUGAAGUUGUUAAUUAUUUACAAUCUGUAAAAAAUGAACUUAAUAUUGGGGAAAAUUCCAUCGAUAUUAUUAAAGAACAAGAAAUUUCGGGUUCAGUACUUCUCGGAUUAACUGAAGAUAAACUUAGAAUGCCACUUAGACAUGCGGUGAAGAUUAUAAACCUUGUGCAAAAGUUCAGUAAACAAUUAAAACCAUCUUCAGACUUUAAAACUAAUGCUGAUACGGAAUAUGUUUUAAGCGAGUGUCGAUUCACUGAAAUAGAUAAACUUCCAGAUUUCAAACCGGGUAAGCUUGCAAUAGAAAAUCUUAACUCACUCAAGAAAACGGUUCCUGGUUCACACACGUACACCCUGUAUUUAUUUUUUACUAAAUUGGAAUCCGUUGAACCUUUAACCUCGUCAAAAAACGUACAAAAUGCCGAAACUGAUAGGAACAUUUUCAAACGUAGAAUACUUAUAUUAAUAACUGAAAAGAUUAAAACUGAUAGAGAUGUUUUUGUCACUGGUAUUGAAAUUCACGAAUAUCACGAUUCCAAUAAUUCUUCACUAAUUAUUUAUAUAUCAAAAGUGGAUACAACGGGUUUCUGCAAUUGUUCAGUAACACCAACUAAAAAUUUAUUAAGUGCCUACAUGAAUUUUUACUCAAGAAAUGAAGGAUCAAAAUUUAAAAGUUUAAAAUUUCACUGUUUUGUACGUUCACAACCCGAAUAUCUAUUUCGGCUUUCAGCAAACAAUCCGAUCAAACGUGUAUUAAAUGAUCCUCAACUGAUAAAAUGGUGGAAAAAGAUUUUUCAACAAACAUUUUUUGAUAAUCAGAAUAAUGCGCAGAAUGGUACACGUGGAUGGUUUUAUCUCCCUGGGAUAAGCACUGAAAGAAAUGCGCGUAUGCUUAUCAAUGAUUUAAUAUAUGGAGAAAAUGAAAAGCGGGAAAACCAAUUUUGGCAAUAUGGUUACCCAUAUUCGGAUGCACAGAAGGCAACUGAUGUAAUUCCAAAAUUUGAGGAUGAUGCUAAGUCAAGAUGGUUGACUAAUGUCGAAUCUGAAGAUGAAAAUUCUUUAACAGUGAAAGAAUUUUGGGAUAUGAUAUCAAUUGGGGGUGAAUUUGUUGGAGGAAAUCGGGCAGGAUUUAUCUGGGUGGAAAUGAAGGGUAAUGAUGAUGAUGAUGAAAAUGGACAGAAAAUUAUUUCUAAUGCAAAAUCAAUUAAAGUAAAUGAAGAAAAUGGAGGCAUUCUCGUUGAUAACGUUACAUAUAAUUUAAUAAUUAAUACGUUAUUAAAUGAGAAUUUCCAAUCCGAAAGUUCCGCUAUAAAAUCAACCUCAAAUUGGAAAUGUAAUUUUCUAGAACAACGUUUUACAAAAGAAGAACUUGAACCUAAUAUUAUCAAAUUUAUGGUAGAAAAUCCUUUGUAA